UCCCUGAGGUCUGUCCUGGGGAGACACUGCUGCUCCGGGGGGCUGACCUGGCGGGGAGUGGCAGCGCGCUCAGCUCCAGCACCGCUUUGUGCGCGCAGCCGCUGGCGCCUCUGCUCCCGGGUCUGCCCCCCGGGACACCCCCAGCCCCGCCCCAGUCAUGCAGCUCUACCUGCUUCUCCACUGUGGACCUUUGGGAAGCAGCCGCCCACCCCGGGGGCUCGGGCCCUGACCCUGCCAGGCAGCCGUUUGGUUCCACCCGGGGCCCACUCGCGCCCCUCGCGCCCGCUGGGGCCCCGGGCUCCGAAGUUGCGGGGACCAGCGCGAAUUGGAAAGUUUGCUCGAGGGCAGCUGCAGGCUCGGAGCCGGGGGACAGGCUUUGCCCUCGGAGCCCGAGAGGGCCAGCGACCAAAACCUUGUACAGCUGAGCUUGACCAUGGUGCACCCAGAUUCUCCUCAGAAGUGAGACUUUCCAAAGGACCAAUGACUCUGUUCCCUGUGCCUAUUCAUUUUUUCCUACUCUUUAGCUAUGUCUCGAUCCCGCCAUGCGAGGCCGUCCAGAUUAGUCAAGAGGGAAGAUGUAAACAAAAAGAAAAACAGUCCCCUGAAGAAGACAGCCAAGCCAGCCAACAAAAAUGUGGCAUCAGUCAAGACUGUAAGCCCUGGAAAAUUAAAGCAAUUAAUUCAAGAAAGAGAUGUUAAGAAAAAAACGGAACACAAACCCCUUGUGCCGGUCAGAAGCCUUCUGACAAGAGCUGGAGCAGCACGAAUGAAUUUGGAUAGGACUGAGGUUCUUUUUCAGAACCCAGAGUCCUUAACUUGCAAUGGGUUUACAAUGGCUCUCCGAAGCACCUCUCUUAGCAGGCGACUCUCCCAGCCUCCAGUGGUCAUAACCAAAGCCAAGAAAGUUCCACCUCCUAAGAAUUUAGAAAAGCAACAUGAGUAUGAUUGUAAGGCAGUUACUAACAUGGCAAUAAAGUACUCAGAAAACAAUCCAGCCCCAGUGCAAGACCCCCUGAUCCCUCCUGACAUAGAGAAUCUAAUUGGCACACAAAAUCCAUCUUUAAUUAAAGGUGGGAGCCAAGAGCAAACUCAGUCUUGGUCCCAAAAGGCAGAGGAUCCCAAAAUAAGUAUUUCUACUCACAAUGGCCCUUCUGCAGAGAUCCUUUCUGGGUCCUUGGAAGGUACGCGUGGUGGUAAAGGACUAUUCUCUAAAGAGACAUUGAAUGAUAUCAGCGAUUCCCUUAGAAUAUUUGCUCAGGACACUCUCUGUGCUCCUUUGCUCCAAAGAGCAGCCUUCAAGGUUACCUCUGAAGGAAACCCCAACAUUCAGUUAGAAGAUUUGGGUUCACGAGUAGAAUCUCUUAAGCUAUCCGAUUCUUACCUGGAUCCCAACAAAAGAGAGUAUGAUUGCUGCCCCACCUCCAGCUUUAAUAAGGUUAUACCUGAAUUGGACCUUAGAAACUGUUUGUCUAUUGGUGGACCCAUAUAUUCUACCUCAUUAAUGAAACUCCUCUUGGGAGGCUCAGAACAACAAACUCUUGGUGCUAAACCAGAUCAAGAGGUACUCAAAGCUACCCCAGAUAAGGAACGUCCUGAUACUUUCCCUGUCCUAGGACAGGCCUUUAGUGCUGUCCCACAGCAAUGGAAAGUUCAUGGUGCUAACCCAGUUCAUGGAGAGGCUCUGGGUGAGACCCCAGACUCAUCAGAAGUUCCUGGUGCUCUUCCAGUCCAAGCCGAGGUCUUUGGUGCUAUCCUGGAUCAACAAAUCCUUGGUAUGGGUGCUGGUACUGCCUCAGAUCCACCUAUCUUUCCUCCUGCUCCUCUAAACCCAACUGUUACCUAUAAUGCUCUUCCAGAAUGGCCUGAGGCCCAGAGCACUGUUUCACAUGGGCUUGAGGUCCAGGGCCCUAUGCAGAUUUUGCCUUUGGGCUUAGAUCACAUUCCUCAACUAUCAUCCAAUUCAGAGAUAAGUUCUGUACCUCCAGUAAUGGCUCUAAGCAAUACUGAAAAUGAGAAGCAGGUUCAUAGGUGCUUUCUGCCAGCUAACACCCAAGGGUUCACAUUAGCCCCUGCGAGAGGAUUCUAUCAUGCUUCACAGGACAUUACUCAACUCUCCCUGGUGGGUCCCAGCAAAUCAGGAGGAGGGAGCUCACAGAUUAGCAUGGCCAGCAUGGUUGACAACACCACAGUGGUGUCUAGGCCAGUGUCACUUGCUAGUACCUCUUCUUCCUAUACAACUUUGCUACCUACUUUGGAAAAGAAGAAACGAAAGCGAUGUGGGGUCUGUGAACCCUGCCAGCAGAAGACUAACUGUGGUGAAUGUACUUACUGCAAGAACAGAAAGAACAGCCAUCAGAUCUGUAAGAAGAGGAAAUGUGAGGAACUGAAAAAGAAACCAUCUGUCAUUGUGCCUUUGGAGGUUAUAAAGGAAAACAAGAGGCCCCAGAGGGAAAAGAAGCCCAAAGUUUUAAAGGCAGAUUUUGACAGCAAACCAGUAAAUGGCCCCAAGUCAGAAUCCAUGGAAUACAGUAGAUGUGGUCAUGGGGAAGAACAAAGAUUGGAAUUGAACCCACAUCCUCUUGAAAAUGUAACUAAACAUGAAGAAAGUAUGACAGGUAUUGAGGUAGAGAAGUGGACACAAAACAAGAAAUUGCAUUUAACUGGUCAUGUCAAAGAAGAGUUUAAGGCAAUUGUGACAGAAGCUGAAAAAUUGAGAAACUCUGAAGAUGACAGGAAAAAAGUCCUGAUUACUGACCUCCUCCAACCUCAAAAAUUGUUUGCACAAACUGUAAGAAAUGGCAUUAAAAAUGUACAUUAUUUACCAACUGAAACAAAUAUGUCUUUUAAAAAAUUCAGUAUUGAAGAAUUUGGCAAAACACUUGAAAACAAUUCCUAUAAAUUCCUGAAAGACACUGCAAACCAUGACAAUGACAUGAGCUCCAUUGCAACGAGUACAAGCUGUGAUCAUCUCAAGGGAAGAAAUGUUUUAGUCUUCCAGAAGCCUGGCUUUAACUGCAAGUCUUUUCCAGAUCCUGCAAACUUCAACUUAAAUAAUCACUCUAGUACACACAAUGAAAGUAGUCAACCAAAAUCUCUAGAAAAUAGACCAAGUAAAGAACCAAAAGAUGGAUCUCCAGUUCAAACAAGUCUUUUAUCCCUAAUGAAAGAUAGAAGAUUAACACUGGAACAGGUGGUGGCCAUAGAAGCUCUGACUCAGCUGUCAGAAGCCCCGUCGGAAAAUUCCUCACCGUCAAAGUCAGAGAAGGAUGAAGAAACAGAACAGAGAACAGCCAGUUUGCUAAAUAGCUGUAAAGCUCUCCUCUAUUCUGUAAGAAAAGACCUCCAAGACCCAAAUUUACAAGGGGAGCCACAAAGCCAUCAUCAUUGCCCAUCUUUGGAAAAGCAAAGUUCAUGCAACACAGUGGUGUUCAACGGCCAAAAUAUAAUUUCCAAGUCACACAAUAGCCCCGUCACUAACCAAGCAUCCACAAAGCCCCAGGAAUAUUCAAAAGUCACAAAUUCAGUAUCUCUUUUUAUGCCAAAUUCAAAUUCAUCUAAAAUCGACACCAUUUCCCAAGGUGGAAUUACUCUUGACAGUUGUUCCAAGAAUUUGCAACACUUGCCACCAAGUAAAAAAGUAGGGCAUUGUAACCAGUCACUGGACAGCAGUGAAAAGUUGGGCUCAAAGAAUGAUCCAUCAUGUCAAGAUACAGUUCAUAGUAAAAUAGAAGAGGAUGUUGCAACACAGUUAACACAACUUGCAUCAAUAAUUAAAUUCAAUUAUAUAAAACAAGAGGACAAAAAAGCUGAAAAUACACCAACAAGCCUUGUUGCAUAUAAUGUACAGCAAAAAAGUAGUCAGGAGAAGGGCUCAUUACAACAGAAACCACCUUCCAGUGUGCAAAAUAACCACGGCUCAUCAUUAGCAAAGCAAAAGAACACAAUUCAGAAAAAGACAAAACCUACUCCAUCAAGAGAUCGGCGAAAAAAGAAGCCUGCAGUAAUAAAUUGUCGAGAAAAUGACCAGAAAAAGCAGGAACAGUUGUCAUAUGAGUAUAGUAAGUUACAUGACAUUUGGAUAGCAUCUAAAUUUCAACGAUUUGGUCAAUUUGGUCCACAUGAGUUUCCCAUUCUGUUGGGAAAAAUUCCUCCCCUUACCAAAGUAUGGAAGCCACUGACUCAAAGGAGUUCAGCAUUAGAACACAAAAAAUUUUUUCCUCCACUCACUCAGAUAAAAUUUGAGCGAUAUUAUCCUGAAUUAGCACGGGAAAAAAUGAUCAAGGUUGAACCAUUGGAUUCUCUCCCCAUAUCCCAGUUCAAAACAGAAUCCAAUGGGCAGGCGUUUACAGGAAAAGUUUGUAAUUCUCAGGUACAGUCAACAGUGAAUGUCAAUCAGAAAGCUAAUCCUUUACUCCAGCCUUCCUCUCCAACUAACCAGUGUGCUAAUAUAAUGUCUGGCAAUGAUCAAACACAAUUCCAGCAGGAUGUUAAAGACCAUCUCCUGCAUCAGAGCCUGCCCACAUUGCCUGGUAUCUCUCAAGAGACCCCUUUACCAGACCCAGGACCAAUCCUCAGGAAUGUAAAUGUAGCGUGUUCAGGUGGAAUUACAGUGGUUUCUACCAAAAGUGAAGAGGAUGUCUGUUCAUCAAAUGUUGGAGCAUCAGAAUUUUCCCCAGUAGACAGUGCACAGAAAAAUUUUAACGAUUAUGCCAUGCACUUCUUUACUAAUCCUACCAAAAACCUGGUGUCCACAACAAAAGAUUCUGAACUACCGACCUGCAACUGUCUUGAUCGAGUUAUACAAAAAGACAAAGGCCCAUAUUAUACACACCUUGGGGCAGGACCAAGUGUUGCUGCUGUCAGGGAAAUCAUGGAGAAUAGGUAUGGUCAAAAAGGAAAUGCAAUAAGGAUAGAAAUAGUAGUGUAUACGGGAAAAGAAGGAAAAAGCUCUCAUGGGUGUCCAAUUGCUAAAUGGGUUUUGAGAAGAAGCAGCCAUGAAGAGAAGGUUCUUUGUUUGGUUCGGCAGCGCACAGGCCAUCGCUGCCCAACAGCUGUGAUGGUGGUGCUCAUCAUGGUGUGGGAUGGCAUUCCUCUCCCAACGGCUGACAGACUGUACACAGAGCUUACCGAAAAUCUGAAGUCGUACAACGGUCACCCCACAGACCGAAGAUGCACUCUCAAUGAAAAUCGUACCUGUACAUGCCAAGGAAUUGAUCCAGAAACUUGCGGAGCUUCAUUCUCUUUUGGCUGUUCAUGGAGUAUGUAUUUCAAUGGCUGCAAAUUUGGUAGAAGCCCAAGCCCUAGAAGAUUUAGAAUUGAUCCAAGCUCUCCUUUACAUAACUACUAUGAGAGAAUUACUAAAGGACGUAAUCCAGAAAGAAGAUAUAUGAAACCGGAACCAAUCUGUCCGGGACACGAGGCCAUGGAAAAAAACCUUGAGGAUAAUUUGCAGAGUUUGGCUACACGGUUAGCUCCAAUUUAUAAGCAGUAUGCUCCAGUUGCUUACCAAAACCAGGUGGAAUAUGAGCAUGUUGCUCGAGAAUGUCGGCUUGGCAGCAAAGAAGGUCGUCCAUUCUCUGGGGUCACUGCUUGCCUAGACUUCUGUGCCCAUCCCCACAGGGACAUUCACAACAUGAAUAAUGGAAGCACUGUGGUUUGUACGUUAACACGAGAAGAUAACCGUUCAUUGGGUGUCAUUCCUCAAGAGGAGCAGCUGCAUGUGCUGCCUCUUUAUAAACUUUCAGAUACAGAUGAGUUUGGCUCAAGGGAAGGAAUGGAAGCUAAGGUACAAUCUGGGGCCAUUGAGGUCCUUGCACCCCACCGCAAAAAAAGAACACGUUUUACGCAGCCAGUUCCUCGUUCUGGGAAGAAGAGAGCAGCAAUGAUGACAGAGGUUCUCGCCCAUAAGAUAAGGGCCGUAGAGAAGAAAUUUAUUCCCCGAAUCAAGAGGAAGAAUGAUUCAACCACAAACAACAGUAAGACUUCAUCGUUGCCGCUUUUAGGGAAUAAAACCGAGACUUUGCAACCUGACAUAAAAAGUGAAACUGAACCCCAUUUCAUCUUCAAAGGUUCGGACACUAAAACCUACUCACUCACCCCAUGCAUUCCUCACCCAGUCAAAGAGGCAAACUUUUCUCCAGGCUUCUCCUGGUCCCCCAAGACUGCUUCGGCCACAACAACUCCUUUUAAGACCGAUGCGUCAGUUCCGUACGGGUUUUCAGAAAGAAGUAGCAGCCCCACCUGCACAAUGCCUUCUGCAAGACACAGUGGUGCUAGUGCAGCCGCUGGGCAGUGCCCUGGAACUGCACCGUCUGGGGGAGUGGUUCCUCUUUCCUCCUUGUCUUCUCCCCUUGCCAAUUCCCUGGUUUAUUAUGAGCCCCCCACUGGUCCAUCUGAGCAGCUAACUUCGCAUCUGCCAAACCAGCAGCCCCCAUUCAUCACCUCUCCUCCUGAACUUGCUUCCUCUCUGGUGGAAGAAGAAGAGCAGCAUUCUGAAGCAGAUGAGCCUCUCUCAGACGACCCGCUCUCAGACGACCCCUUGUCACCUGCUGAGGAGAAGUUACCCCACAUCGAUGAGUAUUGGUCAGACAGUGAGCACAUCUUCUUGGAUGCCAAUAUUGGGGGGGUGGCGAUAGCACCUGCUCACGGCUCCGUUUUGAUUGAGUGCGCCCGGCGAGAGUUGCACGCUACGACCCCUGUUGAACACCCAAACCGGAAUCAUCCUACGCGCCUCUCCCUUGUCUUCUACCAGCACAAAAACCUGAAUAAGCCCCAACACGGUUUUGAACUAAACAAGAUUAAGUUUGAGGCUAAAGAAGCUAAGAAUAAGAAAACUAAGGCCUCAGAGCAGAAAGACCAGGCAGCUAAUGAGAGUCCUGAACUGUACCCUGAAGUUAAUGAAUUGAACCAAAUUCCUUCUCAUAAAGCAUUAACAUUAACCCAUGACAAUGUUGUCACCGUGUCCCCUUAUGCUCUCACACAUGUUGCAGGGCCCUAUAACCAUUGGGUCUGAAGGCUUUUCUCCCCUUCUUAAUGCCUCUGCUUUGCGCAGUGUAUUUUUUCAAGGUGCUGUUAAAAGGAAGUUAUGUUGUCGUUUACUAUAGCUUCAUCUCACCCGUUUGAAGGCCGAGGUUAAAAAAAAAAAAUUGGGGUGGGUAUUUCUUAACUGUGACUAUUUUGACAAUUGAUAGAAGGUGCACAUUUUAAGCAAAAAUAAAAGUUUUAUAGUUUUAAAUACAUAAAGAAAUGUUUUGGUUAGGUGUUAACCUUGAUAGAAUCACUCAGUUGGUGCUUUAAAUUAAGUCUGUUUACUAUGAAACAAGAGUCAUUUUUAGAGGAUUUUAACAGGUUAAUGUGUUAUGAUGUAAAAUCAAGAUGCAGUGUUAACUCUACACAGCUCCUGGUGCUUAACCACACUGACACAAUUAAAAAUAAGCUGAAUUAUUAUUUCAUGGUGCCAUUGUUCCAGCAUCUUCCAAUCAUUGCUACAGAAUUGGCAUAUUCCUUUGAAAUAAACCAAUGAAAUCUUCUUUCUUUUAAUAUAUCUCUCCUGUAUAAAGUAAUUCAUUAUUGUUAAUAAUGGUUGGAGGCUGUUCAUAAGUUGUAAAUAUAUAUUUUAAAAGCACUUUCUAUUUUUAAAAGUAACUUGAAAUAGUAUAGUAUAAGAAUCCUAUUGUCUAUUGUUUGUGCAUAUUUGCAUACAAGAGAAAUCAUUUAUUCUUGCUGUGUAGAGUUCCAUCUUGUUAACUGCAAUAUGUAUUCAAAUCAUGUAUAUGGUUUUUUUUAAUGUGUCCUCUCAUUCAAAUAUUAGUUACCUAUAUAAAAUAGUUAGAUUGUGCAAAAUGUGUUAAUUAUCUCUAAAUCAGAAUUAGAAAGCAUAUCACCAAUACUGAUUAACAUUUCCUUUGGAACUUAGUAACAGUGGUCUCUUCUGAUUUACUGAGUAACAGUGGCCCCAACUUACUUUCAUCCCAGCUUUCUUAAUAUAACUCUUGAAAGGGUUUGUCAAAGGAGAGGGACAUAAUAAGAUUCAGAAGAGUCAAAUGCUUCUAAAGUCUCAAGGUGAUAAAAUACAAAAAUUAAGUAGCAAGAACCCCACCCAUCCCAAAUUGCCUUAUUUGUUCUGAAAUCCAUUCUGGUACAGAAUAAGAAUAAAAUUCCUAUAGAAAUUUUUUGAAGAAAAUUCCCUAGCAUCGUCACACCCCCACACACCACGCAUGAACAGUAGGAGUGGUAUUAUGAGUAUGGUUUUGUCCAUUAAGAGCCAAUCUAAAGUAGUUUAUCUAAGUGUUUUAGUUUUGGGGAAGUGUAGCUCAUCUUCUCUGAUAAUUGCCUAGGUAACAGGAAAAUAAGCAUUCUUUUUAUUUUAGUCUUCCCAUUAUUUUUUUCCCAUUAAUUGUAUUGACUUACACCAAAACGAAAGGGAUUGCCCAAAUAAAAUGUUUAGAACAAGAAGAAAUUUCAAUUAAAUACUUGAUUCCUGUAAAAUGCAAAGGUGCUAUAACAUUCGAAGUGUCAGAUUCCUUGGGAGCGUGGAAAACCUAAUGGUGCUUCUCCCUUGGAAAUGCCAUAGGAAGCACACAACCGCUAACACUCAUGAUCAUGGUGCAAAAGCAAAUGGUUCUAGCAAGCUCUCUAAAGGAAAACUCAUUGUAACUAAUAUUAAAAUAAUAUAUGGUGCAAAGUAUCAGUUUCAAGCUUUUGACUAAUCCAAGUAAAGGAAUAUGAAGGGAUUGUAAAUAACAAAUGUGCAUUGAUAGACCAUCUUCUUGUACAAGUAGAUUUCUGCUAAAUAUGUAAAGUAGGGUAAUUCAUUGACUUGUUUUAGUAUUUUGUGUGCCUUAGAUUUCCAUUUUAAAACAUGUAUAUUUUUGUGAGCCUAAGGUUUCUUAACACAUAUAAGUAUAUAAAUAAGUGACUGUUUAUUGUUUCGGCUGCUUCAAUAAGAUAUUUACUAGUACUAGACUAUCAGGAAUACACCCUUGUGAUAUUUCUAGAGUUUAGGCCUUAGCUCCCACUAGAAAUUAUUUCUUUACCAGGUUUAAUGGGUAAAGUUUUGACCCUUUAUCCAUCCACCCAUCUGUCCAUUCUUCCAUUCUAUACUUAAUUGAAUGUCUCCAAAAUUUAAGUAUUAGCUUUUGUUGUUCUUUGAAUCACCACCAAUGACAUAACAAACUCGAAGAAUUAAAAUCCUAAAGGGUACUCUUUUUGAAAAAUAGAUUUUUCAAAGAAAUACAGCAAAUUUCCUUCACUACAAUCUCUUGUGAUACAUCUGCAGUAAUUCAGAUCAGGCUGUCACUAACUUUUAAGUAAGUUCCCUAGCAGUCUAAACUUGAAGCACCAAUGUUAACUUAGGGGAAUGUUGGAAUUUGUGAAGUUAGUUGCAGUUUACCAAAAGAAGUCUGUGAAAAUAGCCAGUCUCAACUACAAAGUUUCCAUUACUUUAUAAUUCACACCAUCAAUGGCCUGCCUCAAGUGAUAAUCCCAUGGUGGAAUCACAUGAGUCCUACCUUGUUGGAUUCUAUUUCAUAAAGUUUAACAGUUUACCAUCCCAUUGUCUUGUCCUGUAAAUUUUUUAAAAAUAUGCUUAUUCAAUGUUCUGCAGCAUUGUGAUUGUAUGCUGGCUACAUGAAGCAAGGAAAUAAAUUUGUUUGAAAUGACAUUUCACUUAGAAAACUGGUCAUCUAACAUUAUUUCUACAUCUCUAAUACAUUUUAUUAUAAGGAUCUUUUGUUUUACCUCCUUUAAAGCACUCAAAUUGGGUUUUCAGUCUUCUGCCUUUGUUUAUGGUAUAAUAAUAGAAUUCACUGAUACAUGAUUUCUAGGUUAGCCCAACCUGUUCAUAAUAUGUUAACAAAUUUAUCAACCACUGAGAGAAUAACUCCUGCAUGUUGUAGAAUCCUACAAAAUAUGCAGCCCUUUCAAAUCCCAUUUCUAAUGUCUCGUAGGACAGUGUUGAAAUUUUUUUUCUUGUGCUCGUCAUUCUCACCUAUAUCUAUCCAACUUAUCUAAAAGGUACCAAAUACAUUAUGUCAUAAACCUAAUUGAAAUAUGUUACUGGAAAGUUAGCCUAGCUGAAAAUGUAUAGCUGUAGGUAAAGUUUUGCAACAUGUUAGCACAAUGUUUGCAUCUUAACCUUCCAACAUCUUUAUUACACAAUCUGCAUGUGGAUGAAAUAAUUUCAUUUGUUAAAUACAGAAUUUCAACUAGAUGAGAUCCACAAGCACAUUUCUUGAAACAUAACCCCAUUACAUACUUAAUUGAAUGCAUACCCUUCUGUAAAUGAAAUACCAAUUUAAUUCCUAUGAAGCAACCUACUUUCUAAUGUUCUUGCUUCAGUGGACUCCUAAUGAUAAUCAUUUAUUUCACAAUAGCAUGUAUGAAAAUAACCCCCAAGGAUUUAAUGCUUAGUCUUUUUAAAACAAAUUGUAGUGAGAUCUUUUAUCUGGGAGAAAGUUUUGACACUGCAUGACAACUUCCACCAAUAGUGGGCAUAGCAUUACCUUUGAAUAUGCCACAUAAAUCGGUGGUUUUAUGUGACCUUCAAUAAUAUAUAGCUAUCCUCUGUUUCACAACUUCUAGAUGCAUGGAAAUUUUUUUGUCUAGUUUUAAUGCAGCUGAGUUGUGAACUUUUGUAGAAAUUUAUGAUGAGAAUUGUGAAAGUAAUAUGGCAUGGCCUCACAGCACUGGAAGACACCUUAGAAUCAUUGAGUUCAAUCACCAGGGCCCGUAAAAUAGAUGUCAAUGUCAGUGUCUGAUUGCAUUUGUAAUUAGAAUGUAAAGUCAAAGGAAGGCCACUUUGUGCUUAGGAGGAUUAUAGGGGAAAAACCUUGAUCUGCUCAUCCACAGGGUAUUUUAUCACUGGGAAAUAAUCCUAUUUUGGUACAAGGCAAAAAUAAAAUGUCUUUGGGUUUUUAUCUGAGUGGUUCAGGGAAAGUUAAGUUAAAUAGGAUCAAGAUUCCCCUGGCAGUUUCCUGGGCCUUGUGUAAGAAAUCUGGCUGACGUUUACCUAUGAAGCUGUCUUGUUUACUCAUCCUGUAAGAUGUGGCAAAAGUUUUAUUUGCUAUUUCAGUAAACAAAUAUCACAUACUUACACAAGGCUUUUAUUUCCUCUGUAACAAGGGUUAAAUGUAUGUAAGGAAUUACAAAAGAUUGAAUGGUAGAAAUAAUUGAGGAAAGUAUAUUUCCAUUGUAUAUACUACCUAGCCAUGGUUGUACAGUCUAUAUUCAUUCCUCUUGCCAAGCUGGCCUGCCAGUUAAGUCCCAGCAUAGCUUAUUUUGACAUGGCUGUUUGCUUGUAUUAGAAUACUGUAUUACUGGGCACAGCUUCUAAACUUGCCCAUAAACCUAUUGAACUCAUAACUUCAAUAUCAGUAGUAUGGCACACUUAACCAAGUGGUAUAAUCAUUAUCCUGAUUCCUGAAGGAGUCUGGAUUUAUCCAAAUUUAUCCAAAUCAAAUUGUGCUCCAUGUUGAGCUCUCUUUUAACAGGUUGAAAAAAUGAUGCCAUCCAUGGGUCUGGAAUGCAAUUCAGAAAGAAUCAGUAUGUCCUUUGUUAGAAGCUCUAUUUGUGUAUUUUCUUAGAAUAUAUUGAGAUUUAUUAACUACUUUUUGCUUUUUUCUCUUGUGUAUAAACUAGAAACUAAGUUCCUCUGUUAAUUUUGGUUAGGGUGGAACUGGCAUUUUACAGGACAUCACUCUUUGUCCACAUUGAAUUCUACAAACUUUAAUUCUCAGCAUUCCAGUAUUUGGAUGACUUGUUUGAUCCCUGUUUCUGCUGGGCACCCAAUCAAAUACCACUGUUUGCUUCAAAAGGCAUGUAUUUUAUUCCUUCAAGUAAUCCAAAUGUAUGCCUUAUUUUGCCACAAGUCCAACACUUAUCUUUUCCUUUGAUGGCUGUGCUCCUUUCCAAUCCCUGCUUUGACAUCGUGAUCCUGCCUGAAUUACAGAUUUUCUUCUAGUUUGUUCAGCUAUUGGGUCCCCAAAAUUAAAAUAAAACUUAGUCUAAGGUAAGAACGUUAUUACUGGAUGUUAAACAUGAAUUGAUUUAGCCCAUUCGUGUUUGAGUGCAACUUUGGAAACUUGAUUAACAAUGUAAACCUAGUUUUCCUAAAAAGAGAAAUUUUGCCCUUAGCAGCUGUUAUGAAAAGCAUCCUCUCUUGUCAUACUCAUCAGAAAAAAGUCUUGCAGCUGUCAGAAACAUUUUCAUUCUUGGACAAAAAGUACUGGAAAAUAAUCUGGUUUCUUCCCCAUUUGGCUGAGUAUAAACUUACAGUCUUCGAACAGAAUCUGUUACUUGUUUUCUUUUCUCAUUUUACUGAAGAUACAAUGUCACUAAGUGUAUUUUCAUCCUUUUUACAGUUUUUAUCCUUUCCUCUGAUUUUCUUUAAAACUCCAUUGCUUUCUCUUCCUUCUGUACUGUUUCCAUUCCCUAUGUUCCCUACACACAGACAUUUUGUUCAUUUUAUCCAUUCCCUAUGUUCCCUACACACAGACAUUUGGUUCAUUUUAAGAAUAAGAGUGAUCUCGAUCAAGCUGUCUUUUAAGAUCAUGUUUCUCAAAUCCUCUUUAGGAUAAUACCAAAAAGAAUCAAGAGCUUUUAUUCAGCCCUUUUCAAUUAGGGGCCAAUUUGGUUUUUGAGAAUAGGUCGGGGUCACAAGAACACAGGUUAGCAUCCAGUGCUGUCUUUACCAAUCUCAACAGUGUUUGACACUCAACUCAUUUACUAGUGUUUGAGUAUUUUAUAAAAAAUUGUAUAAAAAGUUAAAUAUUCUAGCACUAUUUCUGUAUGGCUUUGCUAUUUCUUGAUAAUGCAUCAUACUAAUUAUAAAUUAUCUGACCAGUGACUCAGAACCAGAAACAGGUCUGAUCUAUAACUAGACAGUGGUUUUCUGUGGGGUUUUUGGGGUUUUUGCAUGUUUUCCUCCUUAUCUCCCAAAUUUGUGGAUGGUAUCUAUCUAUUAAUGUCAGCGUAUCCCCUGGAAUUUGGUUGUUGGCAGUGAUAGGAACUGUUCUAUAACCUGGGAGAGAGAAGUUUAAAAAUGGAUUGAAAGUACUUGGAAGAGUUCUUAAAAGAUGAGUUGUCAGUCAUCAGAAGCUCUUUUGAGCACAAUAGGGGAAAAUUAAAGGGCAGAAAGGGAGAAAUGUAUUCCUAUCAGCAAUCUGCAACAUCACUGUCAGAUCAACAAAGAAAUAUUUCAUAUUUCACAUUCAAUACUGGGUUCAUCCGAAAAAAGAGCAGUUCAAAAUGAGGAACGAUUUUGAAAGCAAAUACGGUAGUAAGAAAAAUUACCCUGUAAUUAUAAUCCUGUGAAAUGUUUUAUGUUAUCAGACUGCUAACUAUGUGCUACUUUUUCUCCCCAACACUGAGGGUUGGACAGAAAACAUGUUUCCCAUCUUACUCGUGAGGAACCUGCAGAUUGGUGAAAAUGCAAAUUUCUGUUUUCUUGCUGCAAGUCACACAGCAGGUCAUCCCAUCUCAGACUAAAACAUUCAAUAUCUGCCAACUACUAAAUGCAUUUCUACACCAUAUUCUAUGACUUAGUGUUAUUGAGUAGAAAUUUUGCCAGGCCUGAUCUAAGAAUAAUAUAAAGCCUACUUAUUGUAUACAAAACAUACUUCUGAAGUAUUUUGUUUUCACUAUUUAUUUGGCCAACCAUUUUCCUACGCAUACUUUGGAAGGUCUCAAAUUCCCAGGAUUUCUGCAUUAGGACUUAGAUUAAUGAAGUUUUAUUUCUUCCCCUGUAAAAAUCUUUUCUUUAAAUAAAGAAUGUUCCUGUACUGCUAAAACAGAGGAAAACUUCCUAAAUAACCAUUGUUUAAUAAAUAUUAUUUUUAAAAAGACUAAGGUAACCAACUCAUGAUCAAAGUUUAAUGUAUUUGUUAUAUUGAAAUGGAGGUUUCUUGAAGGGAAUGUUCUGGAUAAACUAUUUUAGUUCCUGGGCACUCAUGGUAAAAAAGUAAAAUUGUAGGCAUCUCCAAGAGAUAGUACUAUCUCCCACUUAAUUGAAUUUGUUUUGUUUUUUGUUCCACUUUCCAGCCAUGUAAAAUCUCUGGGUCAAAGGUUAAAUGUAACUUUGCCCAGAGCAAAAAUAAAUGAGAUGUAUUUGUAAAGUUGUUGGUAGUCUCUUUAUAAAGCGGUAGGAUUUUUGGCUAUUCCAUCAGUAUAUUAUGGCUUACAAAUGAAAAACCCAGGCCAAACUGCUCUAAGUAGCCAAAUAAAUUCCACUUUUGAUAAUUCAGUCAGUAACUGCCUAAUCUCACUAAUGCCUAUUUGUGACAUUAUAAAAUGAGUGACGACACAGGACUUCACAAAAACAGUGGUUUAAAAAAAACAAAGAUUAAAUAUUUUUUAUCACUAUGUACGGUCAUAUUUUUUUUAAACUAUUAUGAGAUAACAUUGUGAUAGGUGCUUUAAAAGAAAUAUUUUUCCAGAAAUGGUUUUAUAGUAAAAAUAAUGGGCAGCUUUUGCAUUGUGUCAUAUGAAUGGAUGGUCAUCUUUGGGUUACUAAGAAAUCAUGAAGUGUUCCCUAAAGAGAAAUGGUAAAACUACUUUGCAGAAAGAAAAGCAUUAAUUUCCAGUUUCUUCAUUUUCUCUUAUGCUAUAUGGUGACCUAUCGAGUAGAUUCAUAUGCAUAUCAAUACUUUGGUUUAAAGGAAAAGUCCAAGUGCUUUUCAUUAGCGGGAGUAAAAUACCCAAAUUCUUCAUGGUGAGCUACAGUAGUACUGAAUUCCCAGUAGAGAAAAAUCAACUUCACAAGUUAAUAUUCUUGUCUCUGACUUUUCCUCUCUUUAGAGUGUAUGUACUAUUUAUUUUGUACCUUUGAUUAUUUUGCUUUCGGGGAUUUAUUUUACCUAUUGCAGUCCUACUGUAUUAAAUACCAUACAAUGAAAUAAGUUAGUAAAGAAAAGAUUUUUGAACUCCACAAAUACCCAUUUUUGGUUCUUAACAUAUGGGUAAACAGUUUAAAGAAAAAGCACUUCACCAUGUAGAAGGGAAAGAGAAUCUUAAAAUGUUUAUUUCAAUUCAGGAUCAGCAUGUAGUGCUCUUCAUACAAGGGAACACUAGCAGUACUUGAAGACUUAUGACUUGGAAUUGCAUGUUACUUGAAAGACCUUAUUAAGCUAAAUUUUGGUGCACAGCAGUUGUACAUGAUUUCAUGUUUAUGUAGCAAAAUGCAUUGAAAUGUACUAGUAUUGAAACACAUGUAAAGAUAGUUGUGGAAAUUGUCUUAUAUUUUCCUUGUGUGUCUCAUUUAUUUAGAACAUAAAGUUUCUUUUUUUUAAAUUGUUCUAAUUGAAUUAAGGCUAAAUGAAUACUGUAAUUGAAAUUAUAUUUUAAAUCUUUGUCAUGAGUUUUUAAAAAAACUAUUGCAAAUUGUAUCAUUCCUGAUUACACAGAACUUUGUGGGUGGUUUUAAAUAAAUUUUAUA